AAAGUUUAAAGAUGUCAUCCAUACGUCAAAUAAUUAUCAAUGAGCGAUAGCGUUUCUGGCACUCCCUUUUCAUAAAAUUGUAAUGAAAACGGCAUUUUCUGAUAAUAAUAAAAUUAGAUAGUAUGAAUUCUUGUUCACAUUUGUGGAAGAAGAUUACUACAAUGAGACGUUGACGUGCUUAUAUUGUGACACGCCUCUAAUCUCCUAGAAACAUGUCUACCAUGUCGAGGACGGUCCACAUCGGCCAGCAGAAGCUGGCUGAGAAACUCAUCAUUCUCAAUGAUCGUGGCAUUGGCAUUCUGACUAGAAUCUACAAUAUUAAGAAAGCCUGUGGAGAUGCUAAAUCCAAACCUGCUUUUCUCUCUGACAAGUCUUUGGAAUCUUCAAUCAAACAUAUUGUCAGAAGAUUUCCCAACAUUGAUGUGAAAAGCUUACAAGCUAUAACAACAAUCAGGAACGAAAUUAUCAAAUCUCUUUCCUUGUAUUACUACACUUUUGUAGAUCUCCUCGAUUUCAAAGAUAAUGUGUGCGAACUUCUCAAUAUAAUGGAUGCAUGUCAGGUAACUCUUGACUUGACCCUGAAUUUUGAAUUGACAAAAAAUUAUCUUGAUUUGGUUGUAACCUAUGUGUCGCUGAUGAUUUUGUUAUCUCGUGUAGAGGAUCGUAAAGCAGUGCUAGGUUUGUUCAAUGCUGCUCAUGAAAUGGUGCACAGUCAAAUUGAUCCAAGCUUUCCACGCUUAGGUCAACUCAUAGUUGAUUAUGAUGCACCACUUAAAAAGCUUUCGGAAGAAUUCCAGCCUCACCAAAAAGUGCUCAUUAGUGCUCUAAAUUCAUUGUGGCAUGUGUACCCAGCAAGAAACUUAACAGCUGAACAUUGGAGGUCAGAACAGAAGUUAAGCUUAGUCAGUAACCCGGCACAGCUCCUAAAGCCUUCAGAAACCAACACAAUGUCAUGUGAAUAUGUGUCAAUAGAAUGUCUUGAGCGUUGGGUCAUAUUUGGCUUUGCUAUGUGCCACCAAAUGUUGCAACAAGACCAUGCAAAUAAAAUGUGGGUUAGUGCUUUAGAGUCUGGCUGGGUUGUAGCACUGUUCCGUGAUGAAGUCAUCUACAUACAUAGUUAUAUUCAAGGCUUCUUUGAUGGUAUAAAGGGAUAUGGAAAGCGAAUAUCAGAAGUUAAAGACUGCUACCAUCAUGCAGUGCAGAAAGCUGGCUACAAACACAGAGAAAGAAGGAAGUUUUUAAGGACAGCUUUGAAAGAGCUUGGUCUAAUAUUGACUGAUCAACCUGGUUUGUUGGGUCCCAAGGCUCUUUUAAUUUUCAUUGGUCUUUGUUAUGCACGAGAUGAAGUCUUUUGGCUGCUUCGUCACAAUGACAAUCCACCACAAAAGGUUAAAGGAAAAGCUGCUGAGGAUUUGGUUGAUCGUCAACUACCUGAACUGCUGUUUCAUAUGGAAGAACUGAGAGCUUUGGUGCGAAAGUACAGUCAAGUUAUGCAGAGGUACUAUGUGCAAUAUUUGUCAGGAUUUGAUGCUGUAGCUCUGAACUUAAUGAUCCAAAAUUUGCAAGUUUGCCCUGAGGACGAAAGUGUUAUCCUCUCAUCAUUGUGUAAUACUGCAGCCAAUUUAAGUGUAAAGCAAGUUGAGGAUAAUGAGCUUUUCGAUUUUCGUGCAUUCCGCUUGGAUUGGUUCAGAUUGCAGGCAUAUACAUCUGUAGCCAAAACUCCUUUGAGUUUAAUAGACCAAAAGGAACUAGCACAGUUCAUAGAUAAAAUGGUAUUUCAUACAAAGAUGGUAGAUAAUUUAGAUGAAAUAAUGGUGGAGACAUCUGAUUUGUCUAUAUUCUGUUUCUACAGCAAAAUUUUCGAAAGUCAAUUCCACAUGUGCCUUGAAUUCCCUGCACAGAACCGAUACAUUAUUGCAUUUCCACUAAUCUGUAGCCAUUUCCAAAAUUGUACUCAUGAGUUGUGUCCAGAAGAGAGACACCACAUCAGAGAGAGAAGUCUUUCUGUGGUUAACAUAUUCCUUGAUGAAAUGGCAAAGGAAGCAAAGAAUAUUAUCACAACAAUUUGUGAUGAGCAGUGCACCAUGAGUGACAAAUUGUUGCCAAAACAUUGUGCUCAAACUAUUGCUCAGCUGGCAAACCGCAAGAAGAAAGACAAAAGCAAGAAAAAUGCUAUUGAAAUUUUGAAGCCUGGAGCUGAAAGUUACAGAAAGACACGCGAGGAGCUAACUACAAUGGAUAAGCUCCACAUGGCACUGACAGAAUUAUGUUAUGCUAUUAAUUAUUGUUCAACUGUCAAUGUGUGGGAGUAUACAUUUGCACCACGCGAAUAUUUGCACCAACAUUUGGAAACCAGAUUCUCCAAAGCUUUAGUUGGCAUGGUAAUGUUCAACCAAGACACAAGUGAAAUUGCUAAGCCAUCAGAAUUGCUUGUUAGCGUCAGAGCAUACAUGAAUGUGUUGCAAACAGUUGAGAAUUACGUACAUAUUGACAUCACCCGAGUUUUCAACAACUGUCUUUUACAACAAACUCAAAACACUGAUAGCCAUGGUGAAAAGAGUAUAGCAUCAUUGUACACACAGUGGUAUUCCGAAAUACUACUCAGAAGAGUAAGUGCAGGAAAUAUAUGCUUUUCAAUGAACCAGAAAGCAUUUGUAAGUUUGACAGCUGAAGGCGCGAUCCCAUUUAACGCUGAGGAAUACUCGGAUAUAAAUGAAUUGAGAGCUCUGGCAGAGUUAAUUGGACCUUAUGGCAUGAAAUUGUUAAGCGAAACUCUGAUGUGGCACAUUGCCAGCCAAGUUCAAGAACUAAAAAAAUUGGUAGUCCAAAAUAAGGAAGUCCUACAAAUGCUGAGGACGAACUUUGAUAAACCAGAAAUUAUGAGAGAACAGUUCAAAAGAUUAACAAAUGUUGAUAAUGUAUUGCAAAGAAUGACAAUAAUUGGAGUUAUUUUAUGUUUCCGACAAAUUGCCCAAGAAUCGCUCCUAGAUGUUUUAGAGCGAAGGAUUCCAUUUUUGAUCAGUUCCAUUAAAGACUUUCAACAGCAGUUGCCAAGCGGAGACCCAAUGCGCGUCAUAUCGGAAAUGUGCUCCGCAGCGGGCUUGGCCUGUAAAGUAGAUCCCACAUUGGCUUCAGCUUUACGUCAGCACAAAGCGGAAUUAGAGGAGGAAGAACAUUUGAUUGUGUGCCUGUUAAUGGUAUUUGUAGCAGUAUCUUUGCCGAGACUCGCUCGCAGCGAAGCGUCGUUCUACAGGCCUUCACUUGAAGGACACGCAAACAACAUUCACUGUAUGGCGCCGGCUAUAAACCACAUAUUUGGAGCAUUAUUCACGAUAUGCGGACAAGGAGACAUCGAAGAUCGCAUGAAGGAAUUCUUGGCUUUGGCGUCGUCUUCUCUGCUCCGCCUUGGUCAAGAGACCGACAAAGAAGCAACUAAGAACAGAGAGUCAGUGUACCUCCUAUUGGACCUGAUCGUUCAAGAAUCUCCCUUUUUGACGAUGGAUUUGUUGGAGUCGUGCUUCCCGUACGUGCUCAUCCGCAACGCUUAUCAUGAAGUCUACAAACAAGAACAGAUACUGCUGCAUAUGUAAUUCCAUUGUAAAUUAUGUUGAAGAAAGACAAACUAAUUUAGUGUGUACAUCAUUUAUUAAUAAUUUAAGAGACCUCGAUAUGCCUUUUUAAAUUUAUUAUAUUUUAAUUAUUAUUCUUUGAAUUGUUGUAAACGUUGCUUAUCAAUCUAUAAAAAAUCGAUUAAAAUAAAUGAAGUUGAGUUAAAAGUACUACAAAUUCCAAUAUUGUAUAAGUAUAUCGUUAUAAUUAGCGCCUUGUAAUGCACCGUCAAGAUCAUUCUUGUGUUUUAUAAUCUUCACAAAUAACAUGGUCAUAUCGUUUAUAUUCCACGAAAAACUAUUGUUUGUUAAAUAAGACUGCCAAGUAUUCCUUUCUUUGAAUGAUUAGAUUAUUUUGCGUAAGUAGAUAUUGAAUAUAAUGUUGUAAGCGAAAGAAUUAACUUUUGCAUGUCGUGCACCUAGUACUUGAGUAUUUCUCAAAAUAAAUAUACGUAACGAAAUAUUUUUUACGAAAUAUUGUUUCGAAAUUUUCAGUCUCAUCCGUAAUUUUUGUUUCGAACAUUUGUUCUAUCAAAUAAUAUAGAAAAUAAUUGUAUUAAAAUAAACAAAUAAAAAACAGAUGGGGCAGAAAAAUAAAUAAUAAUUCUUCGAUAAAACUAUGUCGUUGUAGAUUUAUUUUGAAAUAAACUCGCUGACAUAUGGUGUUGAGACUAACCGCCAUUUAUAAUAAACGACCUCGAAUCACGUUUUGCGAUCUACUUCAGAAAUAGACCAAUCAGAACAAAGUUUUUUGACAUGCUCACAAAUCAGUUAUUUAUUUUGAUUGAUCAUUCUCAGAAACGGAUUCAAGAUUUAGAUUAGGAUCGUUUAUUGAAAACUGCUGUAUGAGUUAUUACGUGAACUGUAGAUUUUGAUUACAAUGUCUUCGAUUGGUCGACAAUUCUCGAUAUAUAAGCCAUUUAGUAUAAGCUAGAAUACGCGACGACGCAACGCCCUAGAAAUUGCGAGUUGGAACUAGAUAACUACAUUGACGACUUAUUUACUCUCAAUAUUAAAAAUACAAAGAACAUUUUCAGUAAUAAAUCAUGCCAAAAUAAUUUAUUUAGAAGAACAUUUUAUAUUUAAUAGUGAGGAGUUGCACUGCAUUUGAAGUAUUUUAUUUAUGUGCACAGUAGCUAUGACUCAUAAUUUUAUAUACUUAGUACCUAACGUCAAUACUUUUGUACCUUGUAUAUAAGGAUAUAUCAUUAUCCAUUUAUUAAAAUACAUUAUAAAUAUAAAA